CAAAGUGUGCAAACAUUGCAAUGAAUGCUAUGUUUUGUCUAAUUGUCUAACAAUUAGUUUAUUAUUAAACAUAUCUCUUAUUAAUAUAUAAUCGCUAUUAAGUGAACAAUUGAUUACCAAUUAUUGCAUAUAUAGUCGUGUUAUCGCUUCAAAUGAAACCAUCGUUUAUUCGUUGAAUUAUAAACUUGUUAUUUGUAUUGAAUUGUGAUUUAAAGGUAAACAAUAAUAACAAUAAUUGUGUAAAAUAUGGGAAACUGUUGUUUCGGUGAAUCCGACGAUAAUUAUAGACAUAAUCUAAACGACAAUAAUACCAGUUCUGGUCAACAAUUGGCGUCAAAUCAAAGUAACUAUAAGUCCGUCUCACGAGAGGAGGUGGCGGCGGCCGCAGAACGACGGGCCGCUCAACAACAGUCUCGCGGAGCCAAAGGUGUGGUCAACAUAAAGGCCAGAAGCGCUGAAUUGCCCGAAAAUACAAACUCGGGUGGACUCCGAUGGCAGGUUGGAUGAGACGA